AUGAAGCUUGGUCUGGAGGGUGCGAAGCGGGUAAAGAAGUUUUUCUAUCGCAUUCCAGUCACGGUGCUACAGAAUACGAUGAAGUAUGAUUGCUUCACGAUUAAUAAUGAUGCGGACCUGCAAGUAAUGUUUCUCUGUCGGCGGCAGUUUCCGGAGGUGAGGACACCGGAGUUGUUGGCCCGGCUGGUUGAUGUUGUAUCCAGCUCCGGCGGUUCGAACAGGAAUACGAACACUAUAGCGAAUGCAGCAGGUUCUAGUUCCCGGCCUGCCGUUGCUUCCUCGUCCGUCCCUGUGUACGAACCAGUGGUCCAACAUGUCGCCUCCCCAUCUUUCGCUGUUGACCUCAAUGCCACCGAAGGCGACGAGGUAGUGGAAAGGGAAAAUUUGCCGAACACUUUAGUGGGAGUUGCACCUGUUGGCGUAGGAGACGGUUUUUUGGACGAUGAAGACGAGGAUGACGUCGAGCCGGAUAUGAUUGACGAUGAUAGCGCUGAUGAUAUUGGAGCGACUGGGCCUGCAUUGGAGGUAGGUGGUUCUAGCUCUGGCACACAGCAGUAUCCACCACAUUUUUCCUCCUUGGACUUGGACGCCAUGAGACAUGAGGGGGUUUUAGGGCACACUGUUGGAUUCGGAGCUAGAGAUGCGGAAGGGACUACUGGUCUGACAGAGUUCCAGGUUGGUCAGCAAUUCCAGGAUAAAGAUGAGGCCCUUUUAAGUGUGAAGACUUACAGCAUCCGGCGAGGGGUACAGUACAAGGUGGUGGAGUCGGAUCACCGCCGGUAUGUGGGCAAGUGUUCCGAGUUUGGGAAUGGGUGCACAUGGUUGAUUCGACUGAGUCUCCGGAAGCGCAAGGGCAUUUGGGAGGUCAAACGGUACAAUGGACCUCACACUUGCCUGGCCACAUCCAUCUCUAGUGACCACAGGAGUUUGGAUUAUCAUGUGAUUUCAGCUUUCAUUAUGCCAAUGGUUAGGGCCGAUGCAUCCGUGAGCAUCAAGGUGCUCCUGAACGCCACGGCAGCGCACUUUGGUUUUAGGCCGACUUACCGGAGGGUUUGGAUGGCGAAGCAGAAAUCUAUUGCCCUCAUAUACGGUGACUGGGAUGAGUCCUACAACGACCUGCCUAGACGAGCCCGGUUCGAGUUGGAGGACAGGUGGACGAAUCUCAAGCGUACUUCCACAGACUUUUUCUGGACAUUCCCGCCCUGCAUCGAGGCAUUCCGUCAUUGCAAGCCGCUAAUCAGCAUUGACGGCACCCAUUUGUAUGGGAAGUAUGGGGGAACGUUGCUCAUCGCGAUUGCACAGGAUGGGAACUCCAACAUUCUACCUGUGGCAUUCGCACUAGUAGAGGGUGAAUGCGGAAUCCUGGACAUUCUUUCUCUCACACCUCGACAGCACGUGACCCCGCAGCCCGGUCUGCUGGUUAUAUCGGACAGGCACAACGGCAUUAAGGCUGCGCUUGAGGCCCCUGACGGCGGUUGGCUACCGCCAUCUGCGUACCGUGCAUUCUGCAUACGACACGUAGCGGCUAAUUUUGCCCUAACCUUCAAGGGCAAAGACGCUAGGAGGCUACUAGUGAAUGCGGCGUAUGCGAAGACCGAGGUUGAAUUUGAUUACUGGUUUGAUAUCCUGCGAUCUGAAGAUCCGGCGAUGUGUGAGUGGGCGAACCGGAUUGAUUACUCGUUGUGGAUCAGCAUCGUGAUGAGGGGCGGAGAUUCGGUCACAUGA